AUGGCUGAGAUUCAAGUUUCUCGGGAACUAUUGAAAGAAAAACUAAGGCCGUCUAGAAGCUCGGUUACUGGUUCAUCAACUAAAGGUGGAAGAAAGAAAGGUUUGAAUUCCGAUUCUCCGAAACAGAUUGAUAAUACCACUAAUUCUUUACCUGGUUGUAGUACCGGUAACAAUAAUAACAGCUCGACGAGUGUGUUUAAAUCAAAUAUUUUUGCUUCAUCAUCAAAAUCGAAAGACGGGUCGUCAGUCGAGCCUAGUAAUAGUGACGUUAUGUCGAUUCUGAAAGCUAUUCAGGAAAACCAAACUGCUCAGAACUCUCGUUUCGAUAAAUUAUCUAGUAAAGUUGAUGAACUUUACAAUAAUGACAAUUAUGACGAUUAUGAUGAAAAUGAAUUAUUAGGCUACAAUGAUGAAGAGUAUUGUGAUGAUGAUUUGGAUGUUUUACCGGCGAAAAAAGCCAAAAUAUCAUCUGAUAUGGAGUUAUCUGACUAUAUUUUUGCCCAGGCGGGGAAAAAGUUGAAAACAUCUUUGAUAAAUAACUGGUUCAGAGAUGGUGUAGAUGAUGAUAGGUAUAACGAAUUGAUAAAAUCUAUCCCCCGUCCUAAAAACUGUGAGACUUUAAUGACGGUUAAAACUAAUCAAUUAGUGUGGGAUUUUCUCAGCCAGUCUACACGUACGAUGGACAAGCGAAUACAGAAUGCUCAAACUUCCAUUAUUAAAGGAGCAGUUUCGUUGUCUAAAAUUACUGACACUCUUGGUAGUGGACAAUCUAUGGAUGUGAAUCAUGUUCCGGAACAGGCAAUGGAUUCCCUAGCUCCUUUUGGACAUGCCAAUAAACAAUUAUGUUUUAUUCGUAGAGACUUGAUGAAACCCGAUAUGAGGGGCGAGUAUUUACAUCUAUGUAGUCAAAAUUUGAAAUACACAGACAGUCUGUUUGGUGAUGAUGUUUCCAAAACUGUCAAGGAUAUAUCUGAUUGCUCUCGUAUAAGUAACAAGAUUGGUGCUUUUCAAGGUCGCGGAGGACAAGGAAGGUCUAUCCGUGGUAGAGGAUUUAGAGGAAGAUUUUUUAGAGGUCAUUAUCGAGGACGUAGCUCUGGAGGUUUCUAUGGUUCAUAUGGUUCGGACUCCAGAAGAGUGGUCAAGGUCGACCCUUCUCCCAACAAUCUCAACAGAAGUAGUUUCUGA